UACGAGUUCGGCAGCUUUGGGCGAGACUGCAGCAGUGCCAGUUGUGUGAGUUUGAUUCUGUCACGGUCGAGGGAUGUCUUGAUGUGUUCUUACCACACCUACCCUUGCAGUCGCGGCUCUCGCACCAUGGUAUGGGCCCAACGAGGAACUCACCCAAUCGGAGAGAAACCGAAUCCAACACUUUCCCAACAUUACAAACCAACUACAACAUGUGGGUCCAAAACUUUUGUCUCAACCAGUAGUAAGCAGUUGAAAACCUCUAGAAUUAAAUUGUCGGCAUCUACAUGCAGGCUUGCUCAAACAGGGUUACCACUGCCUGAAAGCAGGAUAUCCUCGUCUCCACGUCUAAAUUUCGAACACAGCAACCAAUCCACGGAAGCAAUGUCGCCUUUGAUUGACUCCCUCCCUUUAAUCAAAAACAACGCAAAAUCCCAAGAAGAGAUUAUAACUUUUUCUAACAAUAACGACGAUAGCAUAUAUCCACUAACACCACACGGGGCUCUCCGCUUAUAUGGCAGUUAUCUGACUGAUUAUGAAAAAAGUGAAAUAGAAAAGUUUUCCAAAAUUUGGUAUCUAGGAAUUAAGGCUAGAAAAAUUCAUGGAAACAGAAGUGGAUCACACAAUGGAGGAUAUGACGAUGAAGGUGGAAGCUACAACAAGGUAAUACACGAUCACAUAUGUUAUAGAUAUGAGAUACUAGAGGUUAUUGGAAGAGGUAGCUUCGGACAAGUGAUAAAGGCCUUAGACCAUAUGACCAAUAGGCACGUAGCUAUUAAAAUUAUAAGGAAUAAAAAACGAUUUCAUCACCAGGGCCUGGUAGAAGUCAGAAUUCUGGACCGAAUAAGGAAAAGGGAUCCUGACGAUAAUAAUAACGUUAUACAUAUGUUAGAGUACUUCUUUUUUAGGAAUCAUUUAUGUAUAAGUUUCGAAUUGUUGAGUUUAAAUCUCUACGAACUGAUCAAAAAGAAUAAUUAUCAAGGAUUCAGCAUAAAUCUCACACGAAGAUUUGCCAAAAGUUUACUCAAGUGUCUUCGUUUAUUGAAUAAAGAUAAUAUUAUACAUUGUGAUCUCAAACCGGAAAAUAUAUUACUAAAGCAGAGGGGUAGUACAUCGAUUAAAGUAAUUGAUUUUGGUAGUUCAUGUUACACAAAUCAACGCAUUUACACCUAUAUCCAAUCCAGAUUUUAUAGGUCACCCGAAGUUAUUCUAGGAUUAUCCUAUGGAACUGCUAUAGAUAUGUGGAGUUUAGGCUGCAUCUUGGCCGAGUUUUACACCGGAUAUCCUCUAUUUCCAGGAGAAAAUGAAAUAGAACAACUUGCGUGCCUGAUGGAAGUUUUAGGACCCCCUCCUGAUGAUUUAAUCGCUUCAGCUACAAGAAGAAGACUUUUCUUUGAUUCUCAGGGGAAUCCCCGUUGCAUAACAAACUCCAAAGGCCAUAAAAGGAAACCAGGAUCCAAAAAUUUACAAAUAGCAUUAAGAUGUAACGACCACGCUUUUAUAGAUUUCAUAUCGGGAUGUUUGCAAUGGAACCCCAAGAAGAGGAUGACGCCUGACGAAGCACUCAACCACAGCUGGUUCCUCUCGUUAUCCACCUCGAAUAUUCACGACUACAAUGACCUUCGUCACAGCCUCUCUGAUCUAAACCUAGGAGGUGACCUUCAUUCUCCAAGGAGCAUCUCAGGCAGCAGUCACAGCCAUGAAAAGUACGCUGGUACCCAAAGAACUGAUCGAAUAAAAGCCAAAAUGAUUGACAACAAGUCACACGUCAAGUUUAAGCUGGACAAACACGACACCAGCUCUUUUUUACCUCCCAUUCUGUAGUUUUUGGAUAGUGUCAGCUCUUUGUACCUGAGCUUGGGUAAUGCUUUCUGAGUGUGGGUUUUGAGACAUGCGCUAGAGUCAAGUUGAAACAAGUACGAUUUCCAUUGCUAUGGAGCGGAAGCUUAGCUUCAGAAAAUAGAUCUUGAGCGCUAAUGGAUCUUACAAGGAAAUUGUUUUUUCAUUGGAGAGUUUCAUCGUUUCCAACACUAAUCCAAAUAGGUACUUAUAGACAAUAAGCUAGAUCUAUCGUGUAGGUAGAUGUUCAAAACACAGAAAUUGGUUACAAAGAAAUCCUUCAAUAACAAUUAUUGUGUCAAACUAUUCUUCAAUAUCGAUAGAAUCAUCCCAAUACAGUGAAAAGUAACAGAACGUUUUGGUUCGAAAAUGGAUAUUUUCGAAAAAUUUUCAUCAUUUUAUUUCUUCAUUACGAGUGUUUGUGAAUAGAAAAAAUAUUCAUAAUUUGCUAUUUAUUUAAGAGAAAACCAUAAUUAAUAAUUAGUUGAUUUGAAUUCCCAUCAUUUAGCAUCAGGAAAUACCUUAAACACAUGUAUUUAGUUAUUCAUGUAUAUGCAGUUAUUCCUGAUAAAACCUUGAAACAAAUCGAAAACAAUAUUCAAAGAAAUGAAAUUAAGCAUUGUUAAAUUUGAUUUGAAUAUGAUUUUUUUAUAUGAAAUAUCAAAUUAUAUAUGAAAAAUUGGAGUUGAAAAGGAAGAAACGGUAAGAGUAGCAGGAAAUCCUUGAUAGAAAGAUAAAUAUGAAAAUUAUAUUUUAUUGCACAAAAUAAACAAGGGGUUCUCAGUCUUAACACAAAAGGUUUUUGAAUUGGAAAAAAAAUUAAAAACUGUUUCAUUACAAACAUAUAAGUAGGAAUUCAAUGUAUCAGACAGAAUGUUUAAAUUUUGACGGACAUAAAUUGAUAUCAAUCAUUACGUAAGUUCGAUUGAUCCAACCCCUACUUGAUGAAAUUCACUUGAUAUCGAAAUAAUAUAGAACUUCAUUUCCGGAAUCGGGAAUGUUAUGAAUGCUCGAAAUUUCAAUGUAACGGAAAAAUUAUUCUCUAUAUCAAAAAUUUCUUCAUCAUCAUCAUCAUAUUUUUUUGUUCAUUUUGUUCUUCAUGUUUUUUUUUCGAUUAACACAUGGCGAAUAACAAUUGCUUUUUGAGGAAAAAUUUAAAUAAUUUGUCACUCAGAUAAUUGAUGAAAGUGACAAAUUCUCUGUCAUUGAAUAUAAUUUUCAAA